AUGAGCGGUGUGGCUGGCGUAAGCGCGGUUUGUGAAGCCCCGUGUUGCUCCGGAAGCUGGCUCAGCAGCGAUGCUCUCGGUGACGACUGGGUCACUAACGCAAGCGCGAUUACGAGGAGCGGGCAGGUGGCAAAGUCGUCGUCAGGGAAGAGUGAGAGUCCUUGCUCUUCAGAGGUCUUGACGCGAAUGAAGCGCACGAAGGAGACAUCACCUGAGCCGAUGGAAAGAUUCGCCUUGCGGAGCAGCGUGAGGUCCGACGCACGCCCGAAGAGAAACCAGAGCAAGCACAGCAGAGGUGCAUCUUGGUAG